UCAGCACAAAUUGUCCAGUCCUCCAAGCACAACUUACUCAAAAAGAACAAAGUUUGGAAACAUGAAGUUCUUCAUCGCCGCCUUCCUGAUCGCCGCCUGCAUGGCCCUCGCCCAGUGCAGUGUCAUCUACUCGCCGGUGUCCUCCGUUCCGGUGGUCCGUUCCGUGCCCGUUAUUCGCUCCGUUCCGGUGGUGCGCAGUGUGCCUGUGGUCCGCCGUGUGCCGGUGGUUCGCCGUGUCAAUGUGGUCGAGUCCGUUCCAGUGGUGCCCUCGGUGGUGCGCGUUGGACAGGCCCCCAUCUACGAUGCUCCACUGGUGCAGUCCUAUGGUGGAUGGUUGAAGCAGAAGUAGAUGGAUGCCACGAGAAAGGAUACCACUACAUGUACUUUUGAUGUGAAAUAAACUUUGAAUAGAACGAACAAAUAUAUACUAGCAAAACUCAAAUAUAUCGUUUUAAAUAUUUAUGUAUAUAAGUUAAAAGUUAUAUUGAACUGAAGAUUUGAGCCAAACUUGUUUCGAGAUUGCAGAUGCACU